AUGGCAUCCGACACGAUCCCCACCGUCCGCGAGACCUCGCCGCUGCUGCUCAGAAGCGACACCAGCACCAGCGUGCCGCGCCGCUCGAUCCUAUCAUGGCGGCCCCCGAAAUCCUGGAGCACAGCUUUAUCGCUGCUCUCAGCGCUGAACAACUGCCUCUGGGCGGGCAGCGUGCUGAUCUUCUCGCUGUACGCGCCCUUAUUCAACGAGCGCCUGCACUACCGACAGAUGCAGAUCAACGCGGUCUCGGUAGCGACCGAGCUGGGAAUGUACCUUCCGGUGCCCAUCUUCGGCUUCAUCUGCGACCGCUACGGGCCCAGCCGCCUCUCGCUGCUGUCGACCGCGUUCUUUGGCCCCGGAUAUGCCCUUGCCGCUCUUGCCUACCAGCGUCAGUGGGACUAUAGGCUCAUGGUCGUCGCCUUCGGCCUCGUGGGAAUGGGCACGAGCUCCAUGUACUUCUCCGGCGUCACCACGUGCGCGAAGAAUUUUACGGGGAGGAGGGGGCUCGCUCUCGCUGUGCCCAUUGCCGCGUUUGGACUUAGCUCGCUGUGGCAGGCCCAGGUCGUCUCGAGGGUCUUUGUGGAUGCGGCGGGCGUGCUGCUGGUCGAACGUGUGUUUCUGUUUUUUGCUGUGAGCUUGGUGCUCGUGGGACUCGUGGGCAGCGUGGGGCUUAGGGUUGCUACGGAUGAUGAGGACGAGGGGGAGGAAGAGGAUGAUGGCGACGAGAAGGACUGGGUCAAUGCCGAUACACGCGCCUUCCUCAAGGACAAGAAUAUGUGGUGGUUCGCCACCGGCGUGUUCUUGGUUACUGGGCCUGGCGAGGCGUUCAUCAACAACAUGGGCACACUGAUCCAAACCUUGCGCCCGACGCCGACCACCUCCAUCUCGACCGUCGACCCGGCGCUGCAAGUAUCCUUCAUCGCGCUGACCUCGACCCUAGCCCGCCUCGUCGCCGGCUCCGUAAGCGACUACCUCGCGCCGCCCACGCCGACCCUGCACCUCGCGCCCGCUCCCAAAUCCCACCGGCGCCGCCCCACCUGCAGCCGCAUGAGCAUCCUGUUCCUCUUCGCGCUGCUAAUGUUCCUCGGGCUCUCCCUGGUCGCCUCAGGCACGAUCCACCGCACGCCGUCUUUAUUCUGGCUAGUAUCCACAUCCAUCGGCGCCGGCUACGGCGCCGUGUUCUGUCUUGCGCCCACGGUGGUCUCGGUCGUCUGGGGCACUAAGAACUUUGGCACUAACUGGGGGAUUGUGACGAUGACGCCCGCCCUAGGCGCCGUCGUCUAUGGCUGCCUCUUUGCGGUUGAGUUCGAUAAUGGCGUGGCGGAGGGAAUGCCCUCGUGUGUCGGCUUUCAUUGCGCCAGGUGGUCGUUCACUGCUAUGGCCGGGAGUGUCAUCGCCGCUGUUGGGGGGUGGGCGUGGGUCUGGGGGAAGUGGAGGAGGGCCGGGGUCCUGGUGUAG